CCUUGGACAAGUCGAAGACCGAGGGUAAGCGCUUAAAUAACCUCUUGACCUAUCUCCAUCGACCGAUGGCCAGUGCGGCCUUGAAACAGGCAACUUCGCCACCUACAUUACAACAAGCACAGACAUCAGCCUUGCUAUCCCUUCUCAACCUCAACAAUCCUCCUGACAACGAUCCAUCGACUUCAACAAAAUCCGGUACAAGCCUCAAAUCUCCUGCUCCUGCGGGCCCUCCUAUUUGGAAGAUACUAGUAUUGGACCAGCAAACGAAAGAUGUAUUGGCAACGGUUCUACGUGUUCAAGACCUACGCGACGUUGGGGUGACGCUGCAUGUCCAGCUUCAUUCGAUGAGACCGCCACUACCGGACGUUCCAGCCGUCUAUUUCGUAUCGCCUACCUUGGCCAACGUUCGACGGAUAGCGGAGGACCUCGAAAAAUCCUUGUAUGAGUCUUUCAAUCUCAACUUCGUCGAGCCUCUUCCUCGUUCACUACUCGAGGAACUGGCAGCGUCAGUUGCUCGAGAUGGAACAGGAGACAUGGUGGAACAGGUCGUCGAUCAGUAUCUCUCUUUCAUUGCGCCUUCUCCGUCUCUCUUCUCUCUUCUUCCACUACCACCACCUCCAGUAUCUUCAACACCAGUCAUACCGCCGAUACCGCAGUCCACAUAUGCCAUCCUUAAUUCGCCAUCGUCGACAGAACAACAAAUAGAGGCAGAGAUUGAACGAGUGGCCAGUGGAAUAUUCAGCGCCAUCGCUACCAUGGGACACGUCCCUUUCAUUCGUUCACCAAGAGGAAAUGCUGCGGAGAUGGUAGCCAAGAAGCUCGAAACGAAAAUACGCGACGCUCUCAUAACUGCUUCCAGAUCACAUGCAUCUACGGGCAUGUUCGCGCAGGAUGCAACUGGUCUAUCAAAUCUUCAACGUCCUCUUUUACUUAUCCUGGAUCGUAAUAUUGACAUGGUAUCGAUGGUCUCUCAUGGUUGGACGUAUCAAGCACUAGUUUCCGACUGUCUCGAAAUCAAACUCAACCGCGUUGUCGUGUCACAGCCUCAGAAACGCUCCUACGAUUUGGAUGCCAAGGAUUUUUUCUGGGCCCGCAAUGCACCAAAUCCGUUCCCUCAGGUUGCAGAGGAGAUCGACAAUGAACUGAACAAGUACAAGCAGGAUGCGGCAGAAAUUACUAGAAGUACCGGGGUCAGUGACGUUAAUGACAUCUCACAAUUGGAUUUAUCAACGAAUGCUGCGCAUUUGAAAACCGCCAUCACCCAACUCCCUGAAUUAACCGCAAGGAAAGCCACCCUCGAUACUCACAUGAAUAUUGCCACCGCGCUCCUUGAGGAGAUCAAAAAGCGUGGUAUGGAUGAACUGUUUAGCACCGAGGAGGCCAUCAACAAACAUACUGUAGCUUCUAUCCUUGAAAUUCUCCGGGCACCGAGACCAGAGGGCGCUUUCACUGCACAAGACAAACUUCGUCUUGUCAUCGUAUUCUAUCUAUCUUCUCCGGAUAAUGCUAUCACGAAAGACGAUAUCACUGAGUUAGAGAAAGAACUCAAAUCCGCUGGUGCCGACGUGUCUGCUUUUGAUUACGUUCGACGAACGAGAGAGAUUUCCAAGAUGACGGUGCCAAAUAUGGGAAGCUCCACACCAACUAUGGGGUCUGUCGCGCAGGGUGGUGAGCUUUUCAGAGGUUUUAGUGCCUUGGGAAAUAGGCUGACCGAUAGCCUGCGAGAUAGAGGUCUUGAGAACAUCAUCUCUGGUGUCAAGAACUUCCUUCCGGGGAACAAGUUGCUCCCUGUAACACGUCUUACAGAGGCAUUAAUGGAUUCAUCUGCGGCCUCGAACCAAUCUUUGCAGGAGACAGAUGAUUUCAUCUUCCUCGAUCCGCGCGCGCCUAAACACGCAAAUGCUGGAAUGACCGGAGGUGCAGGCGGCAGUGGCGUCAAUCGAGGAAGGCGCAUGGCCUUUGCCGAAAGCGUGGUGUUCAUGGUCGGCGGUGCUGGCUACGUCGAGUACGGUAAUCUUGAGGAAUGGGCUGGUAGAACAGGAAAGAGGGUCACCUAUGGCGGCACUGAAAUUCUAGAUCCUGGAGGUUUCGUAGAAAUUCUUGAAGUCCUCGGGAAGGCUGGAAGUGUUUAAUGGUAUCCAAUAUAUGGUAGUCCCAUGCAUCAUAUUAAUUACCUUUCGCGCGGGUGGGGCUUGUUUCAAUUUUAA